UAGACAAGAGAGACUAAAAAAGAAGGGAGUUGAGAGAGAGGGAAUAGUAUUAACUAUUUAUAUAUUAGUAUGAGCUAGGCUUGGCUGAUCCUGUGGAAGAGGCAGGCAGUACGUUAUGGAGACUCUGCGCCUCUGCAUCCACAACCUCUUAUCCUUCCAUCUCUCCGUUAUCAUCACCCUUUUCCAAUGGUUACUCUCUGGCCUCCCAUUAUUACCCACCUUCAAACGCCCUUUCCCUCUCUUCGUUCCUUUCAUCGACGCCUACAUUUCCCUCUUAUUCCGCUUCUCCAAUCUCUCACCAUGCACCCUCGAUCUAGACCAUCACACCACCAUCCAUUUCUGGGCACCCAGUCACCGUCGCUUUAACAAACCUAACCUCGUCCUCAUCCACGGUUACGGCGGUGAUGCUAAAUGGCAAUUCAUGUACCAGGUCAAAUCACUUGCGAAGUCGUUCAAUCUCUACGUUCCUGAUCUGAUAUUCUUCGGAAAAUCGUAUACGACUAGGAAGGAAAGGAGUGAGGAGUUUCAGGCGAAAUGCGUGGUGGAAGGGUUGAAGGGGCUUGGAGUGACGAGCUGUUCGAUGUUUGCGAUUAGUUAUGGCGGAUUUGUGGGGUAUAGAAUGGCGGAGAUGUAUCCUGAAAUGGUGGAGAAAGUUGUGAUAUUGAGUAGUGGAGUUGGGUGCACAAAGGAACAGAAGGAACAACAGUUGAACAAGAUAGGGAGAGAUCCCGUUGAAUUGUUGAUACCGGCUAAACCUGAAGAUCUGCAUGUGCUGGUCAACUUGUCAAUUUACAAGUACAACCCUUUCAGGUGGGCUCCUGAUUAUUUUCUCCAGGAAUUCAUUGAUAUGAUAAGUAGGACUUACCUGAAGGAGAAGCAAGAGCUAGUACAUCACUUGCUGUCUGACCAUACAGAUUGCAAAUGGCCUCUCCUAAAUCAGGAAACUCUGCUUAUUUGGGGUGAUAAAGACAGAGUCUUCCCUCUUAUGUUCGGCCACCAGUUGCAAAGGCAUCUGGGGCCAAGAGCAAAGUUGGAAAUAAUCAAGAACACAGGACAUGCAGCGAACAUUGAGUCUCCUGAUUCUGUCAAUGCUUUGAUUAAAGCCUUUAUCUUGCAGCAAAGCUAAAUAGUUUCAUCUGAUUGACCCUGCUGCUCUCUAUUUAUGUUAUCUCUGUACUGCCUCACUGUUUGUAAAUAAUUAAUGAACUGCUAAUGGGAGUUUCAAGCAUCAAGAAGUACUCUCGUAGAUGUGAUAAGACAAGUUAAUGUAAUCUACAUUCAAUGAAUAGCAUCAAUCCAAUGUAUUAGGGUCA